AUGGACUCUCUCCGGACUGAGUAUCCCAAUUUCCUGGCUUCAAUGCCACCCGAGCAAGCCAUUACAAUCUUACAAGACCGUGUUUCCUUGAUCGCAAAGAUAAACAAUGAUAUUGCCGACUGGCUGCAGGAGCGCAGAAAAGUCGAAGAAGCAUAUGUGACAGGACUUCGAAAGCUUGCGAAAAGACCACAGCAGGAUGGAGGUGCGGCACUUGGUGUUUUUCAAACAUCAUGGCAGCGCAUUGUCUCUGGCACGGAAAAUCUAGCAGCCUCUCAUGAAGUUCUGGCCAACAAGCUGGAAACAGAUGUCGAAGCGCCGCUCAGAUCCUUCGCCACGCGGAACCGAGAUUCACAAGCCUUGUCGUCUACUCAGGGAAACCUGGCUAUGCUUGCGAAGGAUAUCGCCAAUGCUCAGAGAAAAGCUGCAAAAGGCGGGAGAAGGGCGGAUGGUGCCAAUUCGGCCGUCCAAGAUACAACCCGCCAGUGGGAUUCUCAAGCUCCUUAUGUCUUCGAGCAACUUCAAUCCUUGGAUGAAACAAGAGUCAACCACUUGCGGGAUGUCCUGACCCAAUUCCAAACGCACGAGUUGGACUCGGUCGAGAAGAAUCGCGCGAGCGCCGAGUCAAUUCUGAACGCACUCCUCAGUGUGGAAACUUCAGAUGAGAUCAACUCUUUCGUGGCAAAGGCCACCGCCCAGCGUGAUAGCCUCAGCAGAAGGCGUAGCUCUGCCACUCCGAGUACGAGGCCUGCAAGCUCUCACCUGCGUCCACCACCAACCCCUCCACCACCUCGUCAUGCUCAGGCUGAUGACAGGAGAAGUCAACGAUCAAUCUCAACUGCGGGCCAGGACAGGUUGGCUCCCUUGCCAGACGUUACACCACAAAAGGAGAAGACCAGUAAGUUGGGCGGUCUCAAACGUCUCGGUACAGUCAUGGGCAGGCGGAAGAGCACAGCACCACCUGCACCGCAUCAAACCUCCAAUGAAGAGAAAAGGAAAACUCGAUCAUUUGUCCCCUUUAGGAGAGGAGACUCAUCUCGUAGUUUCCAAGAUCUAGAAGCUUCAGGUCCAGAUCUAACACCAAGUCCUUCUCAGGAUUACCAUGUGCCAUCACCUGAGAGGAGACACGAGCCACCUGCACGCAUGCAAUCGGAAGAUUCAGUUCCUAUGACUCUCACAAAUGGGACUGGCCCAUCGCAAUCAACUGAGGCUUCCCACCUAGAAGCACCUUCGACUCAGCAUGUUCAACCUGAGUCUCAGCUUCCGCCACCCAUACAACCUACCAUCCAAGAACCUUCGGCUCCUGCGACUCCAGCCAAAGAUCCCAUAGCGCAAGCCCAACGAGACGCUGCUGCCGCCGCUCUAGUUGGCGAUGAGUCGUCACGCAAUUUCCAGAUACGUGAUCAACCAAUUCAAGAGGACGAAAGUGAAGCUCAAAUGGCAUUGAGCAGCAUCGCAAGCCAAUUACGAACGCAAGCGCAAACUUCUGGCAUUAAUCGUGUCCAAGGCAGUAUGCGAGGGCGUAGAGAUGUGCGAAACACCAUGUUCAUUCCAAAUGAUGCGUUGGACUCGAUACCUGCAAUUCCGCAAAGCGGGACCCCUCUGACAAUUCCUGCUGCAUCGACUUCGAACGAGAAUAUUCUUGCAUCACCUAUACAAAGACCUCCUGUAGCACCAGCUCUGCACGAGGACCAUGGUGUUGGUUCCGAUACGACUUCUAUCUACUCGUCCAGAAGUCUCGGUGGACCUACAAACCAUGCUGACUUCCAUGACCCGGGACUUAAUGUUUCUGUCCUCGAAACUGUUCACUCAUGGUUCACUGAGUCCGGUGUGAGCAAAGCAUUCGUUCUCGGAGAAAUCGCAUUUGCAUACAAUACGACAGGUGCGGGCGAUGCUGAACACGAAACAAUCCGCCUUCAGCACUUUGAGCUUCUUGAUAAGGUAGCUGCCAAUCCAAUAUACCUGACACAGAUCAAGGGCGGUGGCACGGCAUCUGCAGAAGAACAAGCAGGGACCUAUACCAUCGCCACCUCACCUAUCCGGAGACCUUCGCCGCUAGUGGGACUCAAAUAUCAACUACAUCUUGAAGAUACCGCUUUGGCACAAUACAGCCCUGUGUUAGUCACCCCAGCAUGGCAGAUCGUUGAGGGUCAAGUCAGUGUCAUUGUUCUGUACAACCUCAACCCUUUGUUCGGCAACGAGGCGAUCAACUUGAAGAACGUUGUGAUUAGCGUCAACCUCGACACCUCCGGCGAAGGAACAGGGAAAGCAGUCUCAGCGAUGAUGUCUCCAACCUCGGGUGCCAGCUUCAAACGGAGAACAUCUGCAGUAGUGUGGAAACUCAACGAUCUUACUAUCAAGGCAGAGCAGGAGAGACUACUGGUGAGAUUUGUGACUCAAGGAGGCUUAGCAAAGAAAGGUACUGUCGAACUGAAAUUCGAAAUACCCGGACGGACUGCAUCAGCCAUUGGCGUGGAGAAAAUCUCUCCACCAAGUGACAAGGAGAAGGAAAUCGACCCAUUCGCUGACGAUGGCGGCGAAGGAAGUAGUGCUCGGGGCAGUGCUGACGAAAAGAGAUGGGAAUUGCUCCCGGCACGAAAGAAACUGGUCAGCGGGCGAUAUACCGCCAGCUAA